GAUCCGCUUUCCUCUCUAGGUCCAACAUAGAUCGGUUUUCGAGAUCUUGUAAGAAUCAAGAAGAGCGAUGGCCGGGAUCAAGAAGGCAAUGACCAGCGGCGGUCCGAGUUUGUCACCAGGUAUGUACGGCCGUCGGAUCCCCAUGAGGGGAAAGGUGAAGGCGGCGAUAGUAAUCGGAAUUGCUCACUCUUUUGCUUCUAUCUUCUCUCUCGGUAGCCGCAGGGCGGCGGCUCAGCUGUCCUAACUUCGGAAAGAUACCAAAAAUUUUGAGGGUUUUGUAGGAGUCGUCCUGCCCUCCUCGGAAAGAUGUGAGCUGUCCUGUUUUUAGGUGUUCAUGUCUGAUUUUGUGCAUAGUUCCCACUAUUAUGAAUAUAAGAUGAAAUUUCGAAUUCCAAAUGCUAAUUCAACUGUUUAAGUUUGAGAUUGUAAGUUGAAAAUCUUAUAUUCAAAUUUAAAUCUGUUGAAAAGCAUCACUUCUUGUAUAAUUAUCAUUAUUUCUUGUAUAAUUAUCAUUUUAUGUAAUAGAAAAACAUAAAUUUCACUCAGUUUUGUCUUCAAGUUACUUGACUGUAUCAAUUUAAAAUUUCCUGUUUUAGUUUUCUACAUCUAGUAAUACUUUCUCACUACCCACCGGAGAGGUCGAAUUUCAAACCUCUGAGUUCAAAUUUUUACUCUUAAUUAGUUUCAUUUUAAGAAAUGAUUUAUUUUAUU